AUGCGAAAUGUCCAACGUCGCCCGUGCAACUCUCCAUCCUGCUCGCAAAGUGACCCUGAACUCGAGAGAAUCUCUACUCCCGGCCCUAUCAAUCCCACCACCGGGCCAAACCACUCCAUAAUCGGCACCACCACCGCCCUUCAACCUCAAAAACCGCCCACCAAACCCGGCGAAGAAUACCAAUUCCACCAAAAUGGCAACCCAAGCCAGUCCGCCGCGCAAGAAUUUCUCGCUGCCUACCUGGACCGCGCCGCGACAGACCCAUCCUUGCAACCCAACGCCAGCAUCAGCGAGCAUGGCCCCGUCUCACGGACGACCGCCGCAGCGCCGAAUUUGAUCCUCCACAACCUGAAGCGCGUGCAAGCGGGUCUAGCCGGCGAACUCCUCGGUCGCGAUCUGACUGUCGCGAAGCAGAACCCCGGAGAAGAGUAUUUGGAUGUUGCUGCGGGUAUUCCGCAAACCAACAACCAGGACCAGCUGGACGAUAGCAAUGAUCUUGUCAUGAAUGACGCUGAGUUUGGCGCUGAGGCUGAGGCUUUCGCGGAUCAGGAGGCUGGUAUUGAUAAGGAGGAGCGCAAGCGGAAGAAGAAGGAGAGACGGUUGGCGGAGAAGAAGAGUAAGGCCCAGGCGAAAGCUGAGGAAUCCGAUUGA